CUGUUGCAGGUUCACAGAGCUGCUAAAGGAUGCUGAAAAUUCUUCAGAAUAUGAAUGCAAUGAACAACAUGGCUAUGAGAAUAUCAGACAAUAUGCUGCAUCAUAAGAAAUAUGGGUUUCUUAGUUUUCCAUUGCAACAUCACCAUCAUCACAUUAGGAGGAAUCUGGUUUCUGCUCCUGCAGCACUUCCUCAUCUGCCGGUUCCUGCUUUGCAGCAAACAAUGGAAAAGUACCUGAGGUCAGUGAAGCCAUUAAUAACACCAGAAGAAUAUUCUGUCACAGAAGACCUUGUUAAAAACUUUGUUGCCAAAGGAGGAAUAGGAGAGAGACUCCAAAACCUAUUAUUACAGAAAGCAAAAUCAACAGAAAAUUGGUUGGCAGAUUGGUGGCUUCAUGCUUCCUACUUGGACUACAGAUGGCCUGUGGUUGUAUAUUCCAGUCCAGGUCUGGUGUUUCCUUUACAGACAUUCCAUUCAAUUGAAGACCAGCUCAAAAUGGCUGCCAAGGUUAUUGCAGGGGCCUUGGAAUACAAAGUACUGCUUGAUGAGAACAAACUUCCUCCAGAGACAAUGGGAAAAGAUCCACUUGAUAUGUCCCAGCACCACAAAAUACUGGGCACAUGUAGAAUCCCUGGAGUGACCAGAGAUAGUCUCUGGUUUGCUGACCCAGCAAAUCCUCCAAAACAUAUCAUCGUUACUCGUAAUAAUCAUUUCUUUUAUGUGGAAGUCUUUGGUGCUAACUAUGAACCAUUGAGUGAAGAUCAGAUUUUGCAGCAGCUUCAAAAGGUGGUCGAAGGUUCGCAGUAUCCAUCAACUCCUUUGGGAAUCCUCACCACAGAGAACAGAAACACAUGGGGGAAAGCAUACAAGAAACUAGCUAAAGAUAAAUCAAAUAGUUACGCACUAGACAGCAUUAAGACAUCUUUGUUCCUUAUGUGCCUUGACAAGCCCAAUCCUAACUUAAAGGGCUUGAAUAAAUCAACAGUAAAUGCUUUGCAAAUGGUUCAUGGACUUGGAAGUAAAGUGAAUGGUGCAAAUCGUUGGUAUGACAAAACUGUACAGUUUGUGGUUGGUCCUGAUGGAGAAUUAGGACUGACAUAUGAGCAUAGUCCUGCCGAGGGGCCUCCCAUUGCUAAUUUGAUGGACCAUAUCAUGGAUUACAUUUCCAAGGGUGCUACCAGAAGCACGUUGCCAGCAGUCAAUUAUGUACCACCACAGAGACUGAAGUUCAACAUUUCGGAUGACAUAAAAACAGUUAUUGAAACAGCUGAAACAAACCUUGACAUAUUAGUAAAUGAUCUUGAGAUGGCUUGUUUCAAAUUUCCAAACUUUGGGAAGGAUUUCAUAAAAUCUCAAAAGCUUAGUCCAGACAGUUUUAUACAGAUGGCAAUUCAGUUAGCAUAUUACAGGCUUCAUAAUCAGCCUGGUGCCCAUUAUGAAUCUGCAUCAACUAGAAAAUUUAUUCAUGGUCGGACAGAAACCAUUCGUUCUUGUUCUAUUGAAUCUGUUGAAUUUGCAAAAACAAUGCUAGACUCGUCAAAGUCUGAUAAAGAGAAGGCAGCAGGUUUGCAGAAAGCCAUCAAAAGUCACAAGGAUUACACAAUACAGGCAGUGAAUGGCCUUGGUGUGGAUCGUCAUCUGCUUGGAUUGAAAAUGAUUGCAAUUGAGAAUGGGUUAGAUGUACCAAAACUGUUUCUAGACUCUGGCUAUAUUUGCAGUACCCAUAUGAAAUUAUCCACAAGUCAGGUUGCAGCUCGCUGUGAAGCAUUUAUGUGCUAUGCUCCUUUGGUGCCAGAUGGUUAUGGAUGCUGCUAUAAUCCAAGAGACAAAGAGAUAUUUUUUGGCACAUCUGCAUUCAAUUCGAGUCCCGAAACAAGUGCGCAAAAAUUUAAAGAGGCUCUUGAACAGUCUCUCAUUGACAUGCAAAAUGUAUUACUUGCAAGUCAGUUGAAAUCAAAACUCUAAAAUAUGAGAGAGAAGAAAGAGAGAUUUAUAAGAUGUACAAAAGAUAAGCAUAACGUCAUCUUGCUCUGGAAGCAAUAUGACAGACAGAAGUGGUAACUGAUAUAUUUGUAUAUCUGUAUCUUUCUCAAGCACUGAAAUAUGCAGUCCACUGGGUCAAUUUUUUUCUGUGCCAUCAGUAUUUUUUAAAGUGUUAUAGAUUGUCACACAUAUGAACAGUGGUUACCUGCAUCAAUAAUUUUUUAAUGAAUGUUUUAAAAAGAAAUUGAAGAAUGUAUUAUGUAAUUGUCACUGUGCUUUGUACAAUUGUUGUGGUAAUUGUUUGUAACCUACAGAAUAAUGUUUUUGUAACUGAUGCCAUGAGAUUUUAUGAAGAGAAUUAUAUUUAAAUACUACUGCAAUGACUGAAUUUGUUAUACAUUUUAUACGGUGUUGUAAUUUUUAUGACAAAGUUUAUAUUAAAUAAUCACUAGCAACUGCAAAUCA